UGGAAAUCGUCAGGCAGCCUCCCUCCUGUUCGUCACUUUUGGGUCAGGCCCUCGGGGAAAGAUGGCCGCUGUGCAAGCGGCGGAGGUGAACGUGGAUGGCGAGCCUAAACUGAGCAAAAAGUGGUGGUAAUCAUUAGUUCCAGGGUGUUCUGCCAUGUUGGUGCACGCUGCCCUAAGGCUUAUUAGGGGGUCCCUGCGCCACACCUCCGGGGCAGAGUGGGGUCAGAGGGAACUGCGGCUGUGUCAACUUGCUCCUUUCACAGCACAUCACAAGGACAAGCCACUUUCUGAUAAAAGAAGUGAGCUGAAGAGACGCCUCAAAGCUGAGAAGAAGCUGGCAGAGAAAGAGGCCAAGCAGAAAGAGCUCAGUGAGAAACAACAGAACCAGGCAGCCACUGCUGUCUCCAACCAUGCCACGGACAACGGUGUGGGUACUGAGGAAGAGAGCCUGGACCCGAACCAAUACUACAAGAUCCGCAGUCAAGCAGUUCAGCAGCUGAAGGUCAACGGGGAAGACCCCUAUCCACACAAGUUCCACGUGGACAUCUCACUCACUCACUUCAUUCAAGAAUACAGUCACCUACAGCCAGGAGACCACUUGACUGACAUCACAUUGAAGGUGGCAGGUAGGAUCCAUGCCAAAAGAGCAUCUGGAGGAAAGCUCAUCUUCUAUGACCUUCGAGGAGAGGGGGUCAAGUUGCAAGUCAUGGCCAAUUCCAGGAAUUAUAAAUCAGAAGAAGAAUUUAUCCAUAUCAAUAACAAACUGCGUCGAGGAGACAUAAUUGGGGUACAGGGGAAUCCGGGAAAGACCAAGAAGGGCGAGCUGAGCAUCAUCCCCUACGAGAUCACACUGCUGUCUCCUUGCUUGCAUAUGUUACCUCAUCUUCACUUUGGCCUCAAAGACAAGGAAACCAGGUACCGCCAAAGGUACUUGGACCUGAUCCUGAAUGACUUUGUGAGGCAGAAGUUCAUCAUCCGCUCGAAGAUCAUCACAUAUAUAAGGAGCUUCUUGGAUGAGCUGGGAUUCCUAGAGAUUGAAACUCCCAUGAUGAACAUCAUUCCAGGGGGAGCUGUGGCCAAGCCUUUCAUCACUUACCACAAUGAGCUGGACAUGAACUUAUAUAUGAGAAUUGCUCCAGAACUCUACCACAAGAUGCUGGUCGUUGGUGGCAUUGACCGGGUAUAUGAAAUUGGACGCCAGUUCCGAAAUGAAGGAAUUGAUUUGACUCACAAUCCUGAGUUCACCACCUGUGAGUUCUACAUGGCCUACGCAGACUAUCAUGAUCUCAUGGAAAUCACAGAAAAGCUGAUUUCAGGCAUGGUGAAGCAUGUUACAGGUGGUUACAAGGUCACCUAUCACCCUGAAGGCCCAGAAGGCCAAGCCUAUGAGAUUGACUUCACCCCACCCUUCCGGAGAAUCAGCAUGGUAGAGGAGCUUGAAAAAGCCCUGGGCAUGAAGCUGCCAGAAACUCACCUCUUUGAAACUGAAGAAACUCGCAGAAUUCUUGAUGAUAUCUGUGUGGCAAAAGGUGUUGAGUGCCCCCCACCUCGAACCACAGCCAGGCUUCUUGAUAAGCUUGUAGGCGAGUUCCUGGAAGUGACCUGCAUCAAUCCCACGUUUAUCUGUGAUCACCCGCAGAUCAUGAGCCCUUUGGCUAAAUGGCAUCGUUCUAAGGAGGGUCUGACGGAGCGCUUCGAGCUGUUUGUCAUGAAGAAGGAAGUGUGCAAUGCCUACACAGAACUGAAUGACCCAGUGCGGCAGCGACAGCUGUUUGAAGAACAGGCCAAGGCCAAGGCUGCUGGUGACGAUGAGGCAAUGUUCAUAGAUGAGAACUUCUGCACCGCCCUGGAAUAUGGGCUGCCCCCCACAGCUGGCUGGGGCAUGGGCAUCGACCGCCUCACCAUGUUUCUUACCGACUCCAAUAACAUCAAGGAAGUGCUUCUGUUUCCUGCCAUGAAACCUGAAGACAAGAAGGAGACUGUGGCAGCCACUGAUACCCCGGAAAGCACAACAGUUGGCACGUCUGUCUAGAAAACAGUAAAUUGCAAGUUGAACAACUCAGGCAUCUUCACAUUUCCACAAGCAGUAAGGGAAUUCUUGUGCGUUGUCAUCCACUGUACCGUGGUUCAGCUGGCACCAGAAGAGAGAAGAGAAAUGCAAAGUUUUUACUCCUUGUUACAAAUAAACCAAUUGUCUCUCCUCUUUA